AUGGACUGGCGCACCCCAACCGCCAUGUUUAGCUCUUUCUUGAGUGCAGUUCUGGUUGCGAUUGCGCAUCAUAUCCUUAAUCUGAAGCUGGAUGGAAGAGAAGUUGCUGAGCUUGCUGUGGACCAACAAUGGAUUUCUCGGAUAGGAAAUGCUCUGGCGUAUGUUGUCAAGGUGCUGCUAGUGCUGGCAACUGGUACUGCCUAUUUUCAACGAGUUUGGCAUCACGCACGAGGGAAGCCGACGAAGCUCAAUCAAUUCGACUCGCUGUUUGGAGUACAGGACAGUAUCCUUGAGUUUCGCCAUGCGAAGUUCUGGCUCCGACGUCCUAUCUUGCUGCUCGUCGCCUUGAUACUAUGGCUCAUCCCUUUGGCAACCAUAACCACACCAGGUACACUGUCCGUUGUACCUGCAUCUGUCUCCCAGCAGCGGAAUGUAUCUAUUCAACAACGCGAAUAUGGCAAAUCCUCCUACGGAGCUGCCGUGCAGGCAGACAACGGAACUGUCUUUUACGGUGGAGCUAGGUCAUACCUGAAAGGACCUACGCUGGCAAUGCUAGUCGAGACAAAUGUCCUGUCAAUAGGGAGCUUCUCCACGAACUUGACCUGGUCAAUUGGCUUCCAUGGCCCGGCUAUCUCAUGCUCAAAGGCGGGACCGGAGGUCACAAGCCAGCUGACGAACAUCAUACUCCCAUAUCAACAGGCCAAUAAGACGUCCCUCAUGUACGAUGCGUGGGUUUCAAGGCCGAGCUCGUCGUCGAACCAAGCUCUUGUCGACGGCAAGCUGGUCCUGGAUCCCGACCUGAACAGCAACCUUCGCAUCCUCGAUCAGACGUCUCCUGAUGCUGCCAGGAUCUAUUACAGCCUAGCGCCCGAUGGCUCAACUCAAGCAACAAUGGCGAAUCCCGUCUAUGUUAUCUCAUGUGCGCUCUACAAUGCCACGUGGAGCGUCGACUUCGACGUACGCAGCACAGGUGAACAAUUCCUGAAACCAAAACUGAGAUUCGAAAACUGGAUGCCUGGCUGGAGCAGCAUCACUCCGCCAUUGACGGCUGGAAUCCACACGAACACGAUCCUUGAUUAUGCCGGCUUGAUGGAAACCUUCGGCGCCAUCACAUCAGGCCGACUCGACUACUCUAAUGAUGCAAGCCUGCCAUUCACACAAACCAGUCUCGCCCUGGAGACCAGUCCCGUCCUGUUCAACGACGCAUUUCCUGAACUCUUCAACGACGCUGCUAUGGUUACCCUGGCGCGGACCUUCGAGGUACUUUUCCAGAACAUGACCCUCUCCGCACGGUAUGCGGUCCUCCCGCGACAAGAUCUCCGUGAUGACGCUGCGGACUGGAGCUUCGUCAAUGUAACGGCCACGUCUACGUUCUCUCGCAAUGUCUACCGGUAUGAUAGCCGGGAUCUCAUAAUCGCAUACACAUUGGCUGUUAUUGGGAGCGCCCUCUGCAUUUUACUAGCUAUCCUUGCCAUUCGGGACAUGGGAUCCGUGUACUCGAAUGUCUUCUCCACCGCUGUCCGCGUGACAAGGAGUCAAGACAGGCUGGACGCUGUGAUUCGAGAUGAUCACGACAGGAGCGGUGCGCAACCGCUGCCACCAAAGAUUGCUAACGCAUAUAUUUGGGUGGGCAAGGAGAACAAAGUUGGAAUGGGGAUGGGCAGAGGGCGAGUCGAUACCGAUGAGUCGCUGGCGUCGCAGAAAGAGCUUCGGCGAUCAUGGUGGGGGAGAGAACAGGAAAUGGAUCUCGAGAAGAGCCAACGUGUCAACGCUGUCCACGAGCCCGUCAUCGUAGUCGGAGAGACCAAGGGAAGUGAUGCUCUGGGCGGUUGGAUAUGA